AUGGCAGUUGUCGAACUCGUCACGGGCGCCAUCGAGUCGGCACGUCGCCAAGCAGACCGCGUCGUCCCUCCAGAUGAUCGCCGGAGAAUAUACCACUCUCUCCAAUCCUUUGCCAGCCGACGGCCCCUCCUCUUUUCCUUCAUAGUCGCCCAGGCUUUCUUCGCCCUCCUACCGUCCCUGUUCUUCACCUCCUUCGUUCUGGGCACGCUCUCCGUCGCCUUCAUCUCCGCCCUCCUCUUCUCCCUCUUCUGGAUCGGCCUCGCAGCCCUCGUCCUCGCCUCCACCCUCAGCCUCACCUUCGGCCUCGCCCUCCUGGCCUGGGUCUGGCUGGUCGGCGCCUACACGGCCGCCAGCUUCGUCUACGCCCUCGUCGCAGGCCGAGACGCCUCUCCCAAGCCCGCAGACGAUUUGAUGUUACGCGAGAAAUGGGCCAAGAUCGUCAAGAGGGAGCCAGAGACUAACGGAGAUGGUCCUGAAGGGUUGGUGGAGGAGGCGGUGUCUCCGAGUGCGGCAGAGGUCAAGAGCGAGAAUGGUGGUUCGUCGUGA